AUGCCUAAAAUAGAUAAAGCCAAUCUACACAAUAAUAAACCAAUGAAUCUGUUCUUUUACAGUUCUGCAAAUGCCAAAAAGUGGGAGGUUGAGCUAGCUACCCUGAAGAGCAACAACCUGCGUCUGACCGCCGCGUUGCAGGAGAGCACUGCCAAUGUUGACGAAUGGAAGCGUCAGCUUCACCAAUACAGAGAGGAAGUGGCGAGGGCUCGACAUUACGCAGGAAAAGGUGCAGAAGCCAACGAAGUAGAACAGUUGCGACAGCGUGUUGCGCAGCUCGAAGCAGAAUUAGCACAGAAGAAUGAAGAGUUAGCGCAGAUCACGAAAUCAAAGAAGAGUGAACAGGACGCUGAAGCUAAAUUAGCCCAAAGCCAGUUGGAGUUGGCUCUUGCCGCUCAGGACGGUCAGCGACAAGUGAUCCAGGCGCUCAACGACCAACUGGCGCGGCAACUUGAUGAGUUGAGCUCGAUCCACCGCGAGCUGAGCGCGGCGCUGGCGACAUGA